AUGUCUUCUGUGGCGGCGAUGGAACAAGCGACUUUAGGUCAAUAUUUUAGCACAAGAAAGAAAGGUCUGGAAGAUUUCCAUCCUGCAAAGCGAAGGAAAGUUGAUGCGACAGACAUUGAAAGCGAGGUUUCUAUCAGAAGGAGUACGCGAGCGAAGCGGCAAGUGGCGUCCUCUCAAACAAAGAGCAACGCUCGAGCUCGCAGAGGAGCUAAAAGCAGAGUGAAAGAGUCUUUGAAUGAAAGAAAUUGCGAAUCUUCUGAAAUACUAGAUAACAACGUUGUUAGCGAAACAACGUCAUUGUGUGAUGAUCAUGCUUUCGCCGAAGCUUUGAUCGGAAAGUUAUCGGACGCGCAGCGAAAGCGCAAGAUGGCGUCCAAAGGAAUAGUUGAAACUGACGACCUCACCGCGAGCGUCUCCAGGGACAGCAAACAGGCGCAAGAAAAUAGUCAAGACGUCGAACCCAAGCAAAGGAAUCGGAAGCGAACGCAGAGAACUUCAAAGAAACAACCAAAAGACACAAAAAGUAUGGAGGGAAAGUUAGUUUCUUCUCAGUCAAAGACGGAUUGCUCAGAAGACCAGACGUUGCGCGAGGCCGAUAUCCCAGCCAACAGGGAAGCAGAAAUUCAGGCGUCACCUUGCAAGACUCCACCUAUUGUGAGAAGGAUCGAUGGUGGUGUAAAAAGUAAUCCAUGGAUCGCAGAGCAGGCAAGAAUGGUUCUAAGCCGAGGUAGAGCAGCGGUGAAUAUGAGUCAACAAGGAAAGAGAAAGAUCAAGGAUUGUGUUCAGAUCACCUCCACCAAUGAAAGCAGUUCAGGUUAAUAUUCUCUUCAGAUGUAGUAUGUCUUAGUUAUAAAGGAUUUAGAAAACUGUUCUCAAGAACAGCAGUCUUGGAGACGCACGCAUAAUUAGUAGCAAAAAAAAGAGAAUGGUUUUGCAAAUCCUUUUUUGAAAUUCCCAAUAAAAUGGCAAUCCAGCUGUUUAUUUCUUAAUUGUAGGACAGGUUUUUUAUAGUCAAAAUCAGUUAUCAAAGGCCAAUCCGUUUUUGGCAUUUUAUUGCAAAUUCAAAAUGUGGAUUUCAAAUAAUACUAAAUCCAGUUCUCCCAAUCAAAUGUACUCUAAGACUAGCAUCCACCUGCUAGGGGCAAGAGAAAUAUUAUUUGACAGCUCCUUAUCUUUAAGGAUUUUAUUUUUUUUUUUUUCAAGUUAAAAAGGCUGGCUGUUUCUCUAGUUGGAUAGCAAGAAUAGGACAUUGUAGAAAAGAAGCUUGGAAUUUUUUAGCCUGAUGGCAGAUAGAGUGAUGAUGGAACAUAUAUUGUUAAUAUUCUAACAGGUCAUAGAAUUUUCAAUAGAACACAUCAGAUUUCACAUACAUGGACAGUGUUCUAUUCCUUUGAUACUUUAGGAGAUUGAAUUACAUACUAGUUUUUUCUCAUUUUCUUGCAGUGAGAAGCUCUAAAACCGGAGGAAAUGCCAGCAAAGCUGAAGAAGACCUCGCCAAGGCAAGGAAACUGAUCAAAAGCAUGAGGUCACUAGAAAAAAGUGCAUCCAAAAGUUCACAAUCUGCUACUGAGGAUAAUAAACAGAGGCUUCACCAAGUCGCAAAGGAGGUUCCAGCCUAUGAAAGAUUCCAUGCCCUGGCUCAGCCCAGUCCAACAGUAGUAUCACCUGCAACUUUACCCCUCCCCUACAAGUACAAGAGUUUGGCAGAAAUGUUCCGCUGCACUGAUACAGUGCUGAACCUGCUGGGACAACGGAAAGAGAAGUGUACGUUCUCAAAGCUCAGAGAUGCUGUACAGCAGAUGUCCAGAAAGUAAGAUUGUGAACAUUCAUUUUUGAUCUCUGGAGGUUGCCUUUGUUAAUCAAUACAAUCUACAUCUUAAAUCAAAGGUCUUCUUUAGGGAUAAGCUUGUCGCCAUUUCGUGCAAUGAAUAAGGUGGGUUGUUCACUAAGGGCCAGGGUUUUCCCCUGGCUCAGUGUUCUCCCUAAAUUUUAGCUCAGCAGGUAAAGGACCAUUCAAGGCAAAAAAAAUAAACUAGACGCACAAUUUCCUGGGGGAGGGGGGCUAAGUUCUUGGAACGUCAUUCCCUCAUCUUAAGACCUAUUUUAUGCAAAUUGGUCAUUGUUGUCUGUAGACAACAAUUAUUUAAAACGUUUAGUUCCAAUAAUUUUACUCUGUCUUCAAUGUUCUCUUUCCAAAAUGCUUGGCUGAGUAAAAGAAAAGCUGUGUAUUCUCUAGGACUUUUCCAAACAUUCAUUCAUUUCCUUGUGAGAAUCAGCCGAUCAGAUCACCACUGUUGUGUCUUAAUUGCAUAUUGAAACCAAUUCGAAUGGAUUAUUAAGUCUACACAUGGAACACUCCGGAUCUAACCUGCCAUGCUUUUAAUAAUCAAUCCCAUGAUCCUUUGCACACUCAGAUAUCAUGUAAGCUAUACUGAAAGUACACUACAUCCCUUCCUUUUUCAGAACACCAUAUACUAGGGAAACAUAAAACGACCUUAGAAAGUACAUCCUCUUUGACCUUGUUUGACGCAUCGACGUGUUGAUCACAUUUGAACUGAAGUGACCCUAUUUCAGUGCGUCAAGUUAUUAUUGUGAUCGCUUCAUUGAAUUGUGGCAGAAUCGUUCUACGAUUAUCAAUGAAUAAGUGAACUCAUAUCAAAGUCUUUGAACUUCUCUGGUAACUUCUUAUAACAAACUGGUCUGGUAGAUAUAGCAGCUCUAGCUUCUCCACAAUCCGUCUCAAGCCCUGUCGGGGCUGGUCUCUUUGAGACAGCAUUCCAUUCCUUUCCACCAUCCGCCUCAAGAUCUGUCGGUAGAGUAGGAUUCUCUUCUUGAACAUCCUCUUCAACAGGCAGAGAAACAGUUUGACUUGGCAUGGGUGGCGGUUCCUCAUACUUUUUAAUGUGCGCAGUAUUCCUUUUUAACUCAACACCCUCAGGAGACUUGAUAAUAAUGCUGCUGCCAUUCGUUCUAACAACGUCAUGCGGUUCUGGUGCAAAUGGUGUCAACAACUUGUUUUGCUUCUCUUGUUUUUGUAACACUCUGUCACCUGGAACUAGAUCUGAAUACUCUUCAUGCCUCUUCUUGUCUGCAUAUAACUUAGCUUUUGCUUUUUUUUCUCUGUCCCUGUCUUGCACUUCACUCGCUACAUGGUCUUUGUGGAAUUCAGUUAACUUGGUUUGGAUUUUUCUUCUAAACAGAAGUUCAGCAGGUCUCUCUCAAGUGGUGGUGUGAGGAGUCGAUCUGUAUGCUAUCAAGUAUUUGUGAACUUCUUCCUUCCACUGUUUGCCCUUGGUAUGCGUUAUCUGCAUCCUUUUCAAAAGAGAUCAGUUCUGCCUUUCCACCUCGCUAUUUGCUUGGGGCCGUAAAUUAAAGGCGUGGUCUUCAUGUGCUUAUCACCACAUCCUUCCAAAUAUCUUUCAAACUCACUUGAAAUAAACUGCAGCCCAUUGUCUUUGGUUACUGAUAGUGCUAAACCAUGAAUCAUGAAGAUUCUCUCCAGACUCUCAAUGAUCUUCUCAGAUGUUGUGGAACACAAGAUCUCAAUUUCAUAAUAUCUGCUGAAGUAGUCAACCACAACUAACACGGAGUCACCUGAUGUUAAAGGACCAAAUAAAUCCAGGGCCAAGUCUUGCCAUGGACCUCGUGGUAAGGGGAUUGACUUGAUUGGCUCAGGGUGAGCAGGACUGCUUACUGCUUACUAGAUGGCAUCCAAGACAAAAUAUCCAAGGGUUUCUGCACUUGAUAAUCUGCUCUUCAGCUCAUUGAAUGCUCUUCUCUGCUCAUCUCCAAACCCGAAACAAACCCCUUUCUUUGUUAAUUUACGCAAAGGUUCAGCUACUGUGGCAAAGUCCGGGAUAAACCGCGCCUUGUAGUUAGCUAGUCCGAGGAAGCUUCUAACUUCGGAGGCAUUCUGUGGCUCACUUGCCUCAACAACACCUUUCACUUUCUCUUCAGUUGGUACAAUGCCCUUGUUCAUUAGUAUCAGUCCCAUAAACACUAGCUUGAUCAUGUAAAACUUGCACUUUUCUGCAUUUACUGUCAGGUUUUUCUCUUUCAAUUUCUCCAAAACUUGCUUUAACCUCUCAUCAUGCUCCUCAGUGGUUUUUCCAUGCACCGUUAUGUCAUCAGAGAUGUUUCCAACUCCUUCACAGUCACUAAGCGCUUGCUGAAUAACAUGCUGAUACACUUCUGGGGCUGAACGUAUUCCAAGCAUCAGGCGCUUAUACUGAAACAAUCCACAAUAAGGGAUGAAGGUAGUAAUGCUACAGGAAUCUGGAUGGAGUCCUAGCUGACGGUAACCCCAUUUUAAAUUAAGCUUGCUAAACACUGUGCUUUGGUUGAGGCUUUGGAGUACUUCAUCCACGUUAGGUAUGGGGUAGUGUUCUCUGAUUGUUGCUUCAUUGGCUCUUCACAUGUCUACUGAAAGCUGAAUUUCAUCAUUCUGUUUUGGUACCACCACUACUGGACUAACCCAUGGUGUCAGACCAUUUACUGGCUCAAUAAUAUCCAUGCUUACAAGUUCCUUGACCUUUUUCUUCACCCUGUCACGGAGGCUGAACAGAGUGCGUCUGACUGGCUGAGCCACCGGGGGUACAUUGGGAUUGACAUGUAACUUGACCUGAUAGUCUUUUAACUUGCCCACACUAUCAAACACUUCUUUGUAAUCUGACAUGAUCAUUUCAAUCCUUUGGACUGUAGUGUAUAGACUGGAACACCUGACUUCAACAGUUUCUCUUCCAAGCAGUACUUCUCCUUCACCAUCAAUGACAACAAAUUCAGCUUGAACUUCACUCUCAGCUACUUUCGUCGAUGCUGAAAAUGUCCCCAAAACUUUUAGCGGCUCCUUGCUUCCGUAUGCAUAAAGCCUCUUGUCACACUUCUUGGAUACGCAGGCAAUCUCUGCUGCUUUAGUUAACUCCAUAGGCCUUUGUCUACAACAUUAGUGGUCGCACCCGAAUCAAUCACCAUUUGCAGAGCACAUCCACCCACAAUCACCUCCACUUUUUCAGGCUGUGACAUCGAUUUUACAGUGAACACAUACUCAUCUUCAUUGUCAUUGUCUCCUCCCUACAUGUAUCUUACCUUCCCCUUCUCUUUUAGCUUCUUAUUGCUUUUGGUUUGCCUGUCUUGGUUCUGCAUUGCAAAGCAAAAUGAUCAGCACCACCACGUCUUGCAGGUUUUUCCUUUCGCAGAGCGUUCAGGAUCUCUACCAAAAUGUCCCAUGUGGCCACUAUGUUUUGUUUUCUCCUGACUUCUUCUUCCCUUUACAGUGAUGCUUGCUUUCACGUGAGUCCUGAAUCUGAUUCACAUUAGCAGUUUUACUCAUCAUACCCUCCAGUUGAGCUUGUGUGGCUUCAUAAGAUGCUGCUGUUUUAAGAAGAACAUGUAGGGUUAAAGACCUUUCUCCAACAAUUUCCACCUUUAGUCAUGGGGCAUACUCUGCUGAACAACUUGAUCUUGAGUUUGAUUAUCCCCCUGAUCACCAUAAUCGCAAUCUUUCACGACCUGUCAUAACCUUGUCACAAACUCAGAGCCACCGUUUCACCCUCACGCUGUUCCGUACUCUGGAAGACAUGAUUUUGGUAUGUCGAAUUUAACCGUUGGAAUGAAAUACACAUUUAAUGCAUUUACAGCUUUCUCAUACUCGGCGGCUGUGCCCAUGUCAGCUAAAGCCUUGAAGAUUUCUUGUACUUGUUCCCCAGCACAAUGCAAAAGUAGAGCUCUUCAUUGUACUUUAUUGUCAGCUUUAUGUGCUUGAAUGAUGAGGCCUUUGCUGUCAGCAUAUAAUGAAAAACUUUCAAGCCAUUGUUGCCAUGGCCUGCCAAUGCUCGAUGGGUCACAGUUACAUGUAGGAGUUAUGAUCAUCUGGGUGAGUGUAGUCUAGACUUUCUCCAAAGUCCUUUGCUUCUCAUUUCUGGUUCUGGUAGUUGGCCCCAUACAGUGCUGAGGACUUUUAUCCCCUGCAGCGGGCCAAAUUUACAGGAAGAAUUUUCUUCCUGUGGGUUUUAUCCAAUCAUGAACGGUUUUACUGAUGCUCCAUCAAUCAAACCUGAUCACGCAGCAUGAAACGUGACUAGAACUGUUGCUCAUGACGACACACGCACGUGACAACACAUGCAAAAGGGACGCAAAUAGUUCGUGCCAAAAUGACUUCACCUGUUGCAAUUUUUUGUAGGGGAAAGAAGUCGAGCUCCUGCUCUCUCGCUCACUUUUGCCACAGAAAACAAAAAGUCUACCGCUCGCACUUCGUGCUCGUGAAAAAAUUUGAGCUUCACUUUUAGGCACGGCUUAGUGUGGUCCUGAAGAGGACUGUUGUUGACAGUGACGGACAUCUCUUCUCAGAUUUGUUUAGCAUUAUAAGUCAGUCAUUUCUGUCUAGAAAAUUAGUCAAACUUUUUUAUUUCUGAAUUAAUAUUAAUUAUAGGAGGUUUGAGAAGAAACACUUGGCACAGAUGAAAACUGUAUAUCCAUCAGCCCUAGAAUUCCGUCAAGACAAGUGUCCUGGGAAAUCUUCUUCAUUUGAGUUGACUAUCGAGUUUGGAAAAACUGAGGAGGCAAAUAAGAAACUAACGCUGACUGCAACUGAAUUGCUAGCAAGGAAAGAUGCUUUUGAGAAACGUCUACUGAAAUUAACCAAAAAGCACCAUCAGGUACUACUCCACAAUUAUGUAUGUUCUGUUGACUCACUAGUGUGUAAACACGUAAUACUUCUGACCACUUUAAUUCCUGAGCCCCCGCUUGUGUUAUGUGGGUUAAAAUAAUCCCACAGUUGAUGUCAUUUACAGUAAGUUUGUUGUUGGUUCUUGUUCUUACUCCAAGAGGUUUAUUUCAGGAACGGCUUUAACCUAUUUUGAAUUGUGCAAAAAAACACCUUUUGAAGCUAGUUGACCAUCUUCUGACCACUCUUUUCUGGCUAUAAAGUGCCAAAACUUCUAAAAUGUUACUUUAAGGUCAAGCACUUAAUUGUGGCCUUCUGUUCCAGAUGCAAAAUAUCAGCGUCUGAAGUUUAGACAUGUACCUGUACAGAAAGCAACAUUUCCAGCCAGUUUUAGGGCUUAAAAGUGACACAACAUUCUGGAGUUUUGCCUUUCGCUUUGUCUUCUCCCCUCUUUUUUUUGCCUUGUUUGUUUGUUUUUGUUUUGUUUUGCUCGGCUUUUACUGCACUUCAUUUUGGUGAAAAAAGUUUGAGAGAAAGCCUUUAGGAUUGUCAGAUUAGAUGGAAAAAAGUGCUGUUUAGUAGAGCAACUAGAUGACAGAUUUUUCCUUGACUGUUAAAACUUAAAUUCUUUUGCUUAUUCCAGGAUUUUCUUCAGAAUCUUAACCCAGCUGUAGUGGUUGACGAUGAGAAGAUCAUGCGAUGGCACCCCAAAUUUCGACUAGACGAAGUUCCAGAUGUUGAUGAAACUGCUCUUCCUCAGCCACCAGUGGUCAAGACAUAUAGUAGUGCUCAUGAUGUGUUGGAAAAAGCACGAGUAAUGAUGGCGCCAAGGGUAUACACCUAUUUGAGAUAUUAAUACAAGAAGCAUUAUUUAAGUAUUAUACUUGAUGUAGCAGUUGGCUUCCCUGUUUUUGUUUUCCUGCCCUUCAAGGUCACAUGACCUGGUCUUUCUUUCUUCAUGUUAUGUUGUAGUUUUGGGCAUUUACUCAAAGUAAUGACUUGAAAUCUAAAUUGAACAACUCCAUUGUUGGGGACACCUGUAUUCAGCGCAGUGUUCGUACAUUGGCACAAAUCAAAUCUUUAACCAUCUAUUGCAGUAAAAAUAAAUGUCUGUGUACAGAGUGAAUAAUAAUUUAUUUGUUGCUACUCUUGAAAUAAAAUGUUCAGUGAAAAUAAGCCGUCACAUGUAGAUCAAUUUGCAAGGUAAAAUAUUUUUAAGAACAAUAAAAAAAUUAUUUAUUUAAUAUUAUACGUUUUUCCACAACUGAGGUGGUGUGUAGAAUCCCAGGACAUCUUGUCAGUUACAGUGUGCUUAUUAUACUAGGAUGUCUUUUUAUUGUACAUCGUCAUCUUGUACAGAUUGGAAGACAAAGUUGUUGUGAGCAUAAUUAUUUAAAAAUCAGCCCAGUCAAAAUGAGCCGGCAGCUGGCAAUUUUGCUGCUUCCAGUGGAAUAUUGUCGCCUUCUCAACACUUGAGUUUAAUGAUAUUACACCUGUGNAAAACUUCUAAAAUGUUACUUUAAGGUCAAGCACUUAAUUGUGGCCUUCUGUUCCAGAUGCAAAAUAUCAGCGUCUGAAGUUUAGACAUGUACCUGUACAGAAAGCAACAUUUCCAGCCAGUUUUAGGGCUUAAAAGUGACACAACAUUCUGGAGUUUUGCCUUUCGCUUUGUCUUCUCCCCUCUUUUUUUUGCCUUGUUUGUUUGUUUUUGUUUUGUUUUGCUCGGCUUUUACUGCACUUCAUUUUGGUGAAAAAAGUUUGAGAGAAAGCCUUUAGGAUUGUCAGAUUAGAUGGAAAAAAGUGCUGUUUAGUAGAGCAACUAGAUGACAGAUUUUUCCUUGACUGUUAAAACUUAAAUUCUUUUGCUUAUUCCAGGAUUUUCUUCAGAAUCUUAACCCAGCUGUAGUGGUUGACGAUGAGAAGAUCAUGCGAUGGCACCCCAAAUUUCGACUAGACGAAGUUCCAGAUGUUGAUGAAACUGCUCUUCCUCAGCCACCAGUGGUCAAGACAUAUAGUAGUGCUCAUGAUGUGUUGGAAAAAGCACGAGUAAUGAUGGCGCCAAGGGUAUACACCUAUUUGAGAUAUUAAUACAAGAAGCAUUAUUUAAGUAUUAUACUUGAUGUAGCAGUUGGCUUCCCUGUUUUUGUUUUCCUGCCCUUCAAGGUCACAUGACCUGGUCUUUCUUUCUUCAUGUUAUGUUGUAGUUUUGGGCAUUUACUCAAAGUAAUGACUUGAAAUCUAAAUUGAACAACUCCAUUGUUGGGGACACCUGUAUUCAGCGCAGUGUUCGUACAUUGGCACAAAUCAAAUCUUUAACCAUCUAUUGCAGUAAAAAUAAAUGUCUGUGUACAGAGUGAAUAAUAAUUUAUUUGUUGCUACUCUUGAAAUAAAAUGUUCAGUGAAAAUAAGCCGUCACAUGUAGAUCAAUUUGCAAGGUAAAAUAUUUUUAAGAACAAUAAAAAAAUUAUUUAUUUAAUAUUAUACGUUUUUCCACAACUGAGGUGGUGUGUAGAAUCCCAGGACAUCUUGUCAGUUACAGUGUGCUUAUUAUACUAGGAUGUCUUUUUAUUGUACAUCGUCAUCUUGUACAGAUUGGAAGACAAAGUUGUUGUGAGCAUAAUUAUUUAAAAAUCAGCCCAGUCAAAAUGAGCCGGCAGCUGGCAAUUUUGCUGCUUCCAGUGGAAUAUUGUCGCCUUCUCAACACUUGAGUUUAAUGAUAUUACACCUGUGAACGAAAACCACACAAGUUUGAGCCUUUGUUGCUGCUGCUUUGUCUGUCCUGCUUACCUCUGGAAAUAUUUUUUCUGGGCUGGUAACAAAAUGUUGCUUAAAAGGAUGCUUUCCAUAGUUUUCUUGGUCAAUGUUUAUUUUGCUUAGGUUGAGAAAGCAUUACGAACAGUUGCCAAGGAACAAGACGAGAAAGAGCAGAAAAAUACCAACAAGCACAGUAACCUGCCUGAGGACAAAGAUGCAAAAACCAAAGAGAAUACUCAGAACAAAAACAACUGCAAAAAUAACACAGCCUUGAAAGGGAUCUCACAAGAUUUGCUCAAUAAGGUAAGUGCAAAGCGCACAACACAUCAUCUUUACAAGUUUUAUCAGAAGCUCAUUGCAGACUGCAUAGAUGUGUCAAUUUGAACUCAAACUGUUGUCAUCUUUACUGUUUCAGUGAUGGUCUUGACCCUUGAAAGCAGCUCUACUGUGUCAUUUUAAUAAUACAUAGAUUUAGCCAAGAUUAAAGGCAAAGCUCUUGUUAAUAAAUUUAUAAUUUACUUCAAACAAUAAACUUGUAACCAUUACAAAAAAAUUCUACUUGGAGUUGAGCCAGCAAUCAGUUAAAAACUGACAAAAAUUAUUUGUCAGCGGAUAACUUCAAAAAAAAACAUGUCAUCUUGAUGGGUUUACACCUGAGCCUGCAAUAUGGUCAAGUGAGACUGGUCAGCCAAUACCAUGUUUUGACAGCUGUCAUAACAUGGAUGUGCGAUAUCAGGGUGCAGGCUCCCACACUGGCUUGAAAGUGUGAAAUUUCACAUUGGUUGCCCUGUGGGGAAGACUGAUGGGCAGAAGUAGGUUCAUGUUACUACCAAAAUUUCUCGGAUGGAUAGAUUUCCUUAUUAAUUUUUCUUAGAUUUGGGGUUACACUUGCGGGCUUGGAGCUCAACUGAAAUGAUAGGCUGCUCAUUAGUUAACAUUUGAAUUUGUUGAUGAAUGUUGGAGCUUGUUACAAAGGGUUUAUUCAUGUCUUGUUGAUUUUAGAUUCGCCAGAAGGAAGCAAAGAAAAUUGAAGAAUGUAUGAUGCGAGAUCCAUUAGUUGACAAGAAACUUGCCAUGAAAGAACGUCUUCCUGAUUUGUGUAGAAUACUUAAGGCGUAUCCUUUAUUAAUGUGAACAUUAUGAACACGAAUAGGCCAACUGAUGGUUCUUUCCCUUAAGACAAAGUUUUAACAGUAAACAAACUUAACCAAUAUUUCCUUGACUGUGACCUAGUUAUUUUGUGACUGAGCGCAAAGCGGCUAUCCCUUUGGAAGAUGCAACAGCAAAACUAUCAGAAAGCUACAAGACCUCCUUGUCUCAAGGUAUGCAUGAGGCCUUUUCCUUUCAAUAACAUCCUUAAAUCAGUUUAUAGAGACAGAAGUUUUACAGUUAAUUUUAAAAAAAGUGCAUUGCUGUUUAACAUGGGGUUUCUGUGACAUUAAUAGUAUUAUUGCAGGAAACAGAAUGUUGCUUGAGUUAAAUUUAUUUGUGAUGUUUUCUGAACUUAUUGGCAACUUAUCAUUAUUAUUAAAAUUGUUAUUAUUCAUAACAAUAAGAAUAUUUUUAUUACUAUUAUUAUUCAUUUUAUUAUUAAAAUGAUUAAAAUUAUUAUUAUUGUUAUCAUUGUUAUAAUAAUCAUUAAAUUAUUAUUAUUACAUUCUGUAGUUCAAGUGGAGGAACACAUCAGAUUUAUGUCACAGCUUGUUCCAGAGUGGAUAUCAGUUCUUACAGUACGGAAAUGUGCCUAUGUGAAAAUCAACAAGACUGCAGAUGUAAACAAUGUGAUUAACAAGCUCAUCACUAAAGAUGUCCAUUAAACGUCCGGGUUAGUUUUUGAAGUUUUAACAGUGAAAGAACUUGAUCUUGUUUAAAUCUAGUGGAACAGCCUUUGAGUUCAUUAUCUUCCAAUAUGGAAAGAGAAACUUGAGCUGUCAAAAGUUUGCAAUUUACAGAAACUGAGACAUUUGGAUUCCUUGGCAGCUGUGCAUGCAGAUUAGACAGUUGUAGAACAAACAUGGAAAAAGUUGGAAAUUGUUCCUAAGAGCUUGAUGCUUUAAUCACACUAAAAUGUGUAUGAGUCAUCUCCUAGACUCAAACAAAAAAAUCGACCAAUCUUCUACUUUUGCAGUGCAGUACUUUAUUAACAACUUGAGGAUGCUGACAGUAAUGCAGGACGACAUUGUUCUGUAACUCAACUUGUAUGACAGACAAGAUGGAACUAAUCUCUUUUUAACAGAAUUAUUUUUGUGUUCGCGUGAGAAAUGAAGCAGUUUUUACAUUAUUUUACUAAAAAAAAUUAUUAGUUUCAAUACAUAUUUUUUUAAUAUUAGGGCUAACUAUGUUGUUAAUAUUCUAAUCUUGUG